CAUCUGAGAGUUGCCUAAUUAUUUUCAUAUUGAAAGCAGCUAACUUAACGAGCAGCUGACUAAUUUCCUUUUCCGUGUUAGCUGUAAAAGAAUAAACAUGCCGCUAGCCAAAGACUUAUUACAUCCGUCACCAGCUCAAGAGAAGCGAAAACAUAAACUAAAAAGAUUGGUACAACAUCCCAACUCUUAUUUCAUGGAUGUUAAAUGUCCCGGCUGUUAUAGGAUUACAACCGUUUUCAGUCAUGCCCAAGGCGUCGUGGUGUGCGCGGGAUGUGCUACAAUAUUAUGUCAGCCAACUGGUGGACGUGCGAAACUAACAGAGGGUUGCUCCUUCAGAAGAAAGCCUCAAUAGAAUUUGUCCGUUUUUUUAGUUCGGCCACUCACAUAAUUCUCUUUAAUUCCUUUUUCCAAACAAAAAGAAAAUAUCAAUAAAACUUUUCAUUCUAAGCGGAA